GUGUUUGUGCCAUAGUCGUUUGCUCUCCCGUUUAAUUCUGUUGCACGGAGUCAUCCAGCUGUUUAAACGGAUUUAUUUCGAUACUUUUUCGUCAAGCCACAUUCACAGUCCACAACUGAAGCUUUUCAAAAUUGUCAGCGGGUAAAAGCGACGUCGAUCUUCAUCUAUAUAAACACUGUAGAGUUACGGAUUUAACAUGAGUACGUUUCUAAAACGCCGUUUUAUCCAUCAGCCUAUUUCUGCUCAUUCGGUGCCUCAAUCGUUCCAUUUAAAUAAAAAAACAAAAACGACAACAUAAAAACUCUUUAAAUGCACCUUGUUUUAUUCAUCAUUCAUGAGUUGUAAUGCAAAACUUCUAUCUAGAGCCCUGCCAGCCUUCCUGGUUUUGGUAGACUGAUCUAACGUUCCUUAUAAUAUGUGGCGUUUAUGUGUAGAUUGUAUUUUAUAUGGUGCUAUAUGAGCAGUAACAUUAUGAUAUUUUAACUGCCGUCAUAUUUAAAUUUAAAUAUUGCUGAAUUACACAUUCUAACAAUUAAUAGCCUUCUUUAUUCAUGACAUCUAUUAGUUUGUCUGAAAUAUUAUAUUGUAAUAUUAUUGUCUGUGGAUUACAGCAAAGAUGGCUGAGAAGAGAAGCAGGAGGAGAAAGAGUCCAGAACAAGAUGCUGUGGAACAUAUAAUUGAGGAAAAAGAUAAAACAUUCAUUGAGGAAAGAUUUAUCAACCACUAUAAAGGGAGAGGUGUAUUUGCAAGAGAGUACAUUGAACCCAAAAGUUUUGUGGUGGAGUACCGAGGAGUUCUGUCUCUGAGUAAAGGUGCAGAUGACAAAAGCAACAAAUAUGCAUUUGAUUUCAUAUGGAAUGGAAAGCAAUAUUGCAUAAAUGCUUCAAAAGAAGACCAAACACUGGGACGGCUAGUGAAUGAUGAUCAUGUUCAUCCAAACUGCAAAGUCAAAAGAAUCAUGGUUCGAGGGAGACCACACUUGUGUCUGUUCGCUAUCAAAGACAUCUUUCCAGGAGAAGAAAUAACUUAUAACUAUGGUGAUUCCUCUUGGCCAUGGCGCUCACUGGCACCUUGUGAAGAGCAAAGUGACCUGAAGGUCCACGAACGUGAGCCACCAUCAGAAAAGGAAGCCUUGGGUAAGAGUGAGGCUGAGAGGACAGGAGUCAGUCUUGGUCUUGUUUCAUCCCAUGAUGAACCAGAAGCCUUGGGUGGGAGUGAGGCCAAGAGGAGAGGAGUCAGUCCCGGUCUUGUUGAAUCAAAUGAUGAUACGGAAUCUGUGGCCGGCAUUGAGGCAGAGAUGACAGGAGUCAGUCCUGGUGUUGGAUCAUUCAAGGAUAAUACAUGCCACCAUAGAAUGUUUGGUGCAGUUCUCGGUGCUUUGGAAAAUUGUGAAGACUGCACUGGGCCUGUCUCCAGUUUAAAAUGGCUUGGUGUGACAUGCAAAUUAUGUUCAAGAUCAUGGCAUAAAUCCUGUUUUUUGAAGAAGAAUUCAUCACUGGAUGCUACUAAGUCUUGGGAUCAUGUUUCUGACUCUGAAAUCAGUGAUUCAGGUUCAGACGAUGUCUACCUUCCAUCAAGAAGCUCUGAUGGAUCCAGCUCUGAUUUUCCUACUGACACUGAACAUAAUGAGGAUGCACAAUCGGUAAUCUUGCCAUAUCUUGGACAAGUUAAACCACUUCCUUCUGAAGGAAAAACAAAGAGAGUUCCGCUGUUGGAACAGAAGGCCUCCAAAUCUGACUGCAUCAAUGACCAACCCUGUUCUGAUAAUGGAGUGACUCAUCGUGAUAACUGGAUUAUUUCAACAAAUACGGCCGAGCAGCCUCCCACCCCGGCUGAGCCUCUUCCUAGCAUAUCAACUCAACAAAUCUCUUCUUGCACUUUAAAGAAUUACUGCUAUGUUUGCAAAAAAGCCCAAUCCAAAAUUUCUCGGCACUUUAAAAAGCAUGAGAAAGAAGAUUUGGACAUUGCCCGAGCAUUGUCAUUACCCAAGAACUCAAAAGAGAGAAAAAUGUUAUUGGAUAAGUUGCGGAACAAAGGAAAUUAUGAGCAUAAUCAGGAGGUAAUAAAUAGCCAUAGUGGAUCACUGAAAGUCAGAAGAAGAGCUGGAUCAUCAAAAGUCUCUGAGAACUCCAAAAGGUAUGUCCAUUGUACAUAUUGCAAAGGUAUGUUUCUUCGCAAAGAGCUGUGGCGCCACACAAAAAGGUGUCCAUUAAAGAAAAAAACUGAGGACCAUCAAAGGAGCAAAGUCUUAUCUCUGGCUGAUAUGGCGGAGUCAACCAGCUGUCACACCAUUUCCACUGGCGUGUGGAAGGUGCUCGGAAAGAUGAGGCAAGACGACAUAGGAUCUGUAGUGCGCAAUGAUUUCAUCAUAUUGCAACUGGCCCAGUCGCUGUACAACAAGCAUGGGAAUGAUCCCACAAAAUUUGAGUACAUUAGGACAAAGGUUCGGGAAAUGGGUAGACUUUUAUUGACUCUAAGAGUGAUGUAUUCUAUUCAAAGCUUUGAAGAUGGUGUAAAACCAAACAACUUCUACAAAAUUGUUAAUGCUGUGAAAAGAGUUUCAGGAUAUGAUGAAGAGAAAAACUCGUAUUCCACACCAAGUCUUGCCCUGAAGUUGGGGCACUCGUUGAAAAAAAUUGGGGACAUUAUUCUUUGCAGAGCUAUAGCAGCAGAGGAUGAACAUUUGACAAAAGCAACUGAACGAUUCAUCAGACUCUGCUCAAAAGAAUGGGCCGGAUAUGUCUCUCACACUGCACUGGCUACUUUGAGAAAGUCAAGGUUCAAUCAACCAUCCAUCAUACCAUUCACAGAGGAUGUGCAAAAGUUACAUAAAUACCUGGAGGAGAACUCGGCUAUUGCCAUACACAACUUAAAAAAACAUGAGUCUCCUCAGGCAUAUGGAGAACUUGCAAGGUUGACACUUUCACAAAUAAUACUCUUUAAUAGACGCCGUGCAGGUGAAGUUUCAAAAAUGUCUCUGGAAUCCUUCAAGAAAAGAGACCAAACUGAGCUUCAUGGUGAUGUAGCUGCCAGUCUGUCACUUUUUGAACAGAAGCUAGCAAGGCACUUUAGCAGAGUGGAAAUUAUGGGUAAAAGAGGCAGGAAAGUGGCAGUUUUGUUGAACCCUGAGGUUGUUUGUGCGACAACACUUCUCGUAGAGAAAAGACAGAUGUGCAAUGUGCACAAGGACAACCCUUUCCUAUUUGGAAGGCCAGAAUGCCCCUUCACAAGCCACUACAGAGGACAGGAUUGUGUUAGAACAUUUGCACGCUUGUGUGGCGCAAAGAAUCCACAGUAUCUGAGGUCUACACAACUUCGAAAGCACAUUGCGACCCAAUCCCAAAUCUUGAACCUUAAGAACAACGAACUGGAUCAACUGGCUAACUUUUUGGGCCAUGAUAUUAGAGUUCACAGAGACUUUUACCGUCUGCCAGAAGCCACGAUUGAAGUGGCAAAAAUCACGAAGAUUCUGCUUGCUAUGGAGAAAGGAACGUUGGCACAGUUCAAGGGGAAGUCUCUUGAUGAGAUUGAGAUUGAAGAUAAAUUGGAUCCAGAAAUGUAUGGUGAGUUGGAUGAUGGAGACGACAAAGUGGAUGAGGAUGAUGAAAGCAGCAGUGACGAUGAACACAACGAAGGUGAAAGAGGGAGAGACGAAGAAAAUGGUGGAGACGAAGACGGAGGCACGGGGAGAGACGAAGAAAAUGGUGGAGACGAAGACGGAGGCACAGGGAGAGACGAAGAAAAUGGUGGAGCCGAAGACGGGGGCACAGGGAGAGACGAAGAAAAUGGUGGAGACGAAGACGGAGGCAGAGGUUGUCCCCUUGGACUAAUGGAAAACGAAAGAAUGGAGAUCGACGAAGAGCAAAACAGUUCCUCUGGAAAACGAAAAACAACUAUAUUGACUGAGGAUUUGGUCAAGACUUCCAAAGGACAGAAGAAAAAGUGUGUCGUCAGCAGUUCCAGAGAGAUCAAACGCAGAAAAUAUGUGAAGAGGCCAUGGAGCAACGCCGAAAUCAGCGCUGUCAUGAAAUUCUUCAAAACCCACAUCGAAAAAGGGAAAUUGGCAAGUAAGAUUGAGUGUGAACAAUGCAAACUAGCUGAGGACCCGAUUUUGAAGAAUAGAACCCUUCAAAAUAUUAGGGAUUUUGUGAGGAACCGUGGCCUUAAGUUAAAAAAAUAGGUUCUAAUUAAGUAUUUAUGUUAACUUUUAUUAGUGCAAUAUUUGGUUUACAUUUUAUUUGAUUUUUUGCAGAAAAAUGACUUUUUUUUUUUUUUUUUUUUUUUUGUGUGUGAAAGGCAAGUUCAGGUUGUCCUUAUUUUUUUUUUCUUGCACAUUGUUUUAAGUUAUGAUAAAAGUAUUAGAAUUGAUUCAUGGCCAAGUGGGCAUUUUUAUAGACAGGAGUUAAGGGGUUACUUGAACAGUUUUUUCAAAAGUUGUUAAUGUUUGUUGAACAAUAAAGCACUUUCUAAUAAGGUUGUACUGUAGCGUUGUUAGAUUAAAUAGGUUCUAAUUAAGUAUUUGUUAACUUUCAUUAGUGCAAUAUUUGGUUUACAUUUUAUUUGAAGAUUUUUUGCAGAAAAAUGACUUUUUUUGUGAAAGGCAAGUUCAGGUUGUUGUCCUUAUUUUUUUUCUUGCACAUUGUUUUAAGUUAUGAUAAAAGUAUUAGAAUUUAUUCAUGGCCAAGUGGGCAUUUUUAUGGACAGGAGUUAAGGGGUUAUUUGAAAUGUUUUUUCAAAAGUUGUUAAUGUUUUUUGAACAAUAAAGCACUUUCUAAUAAGGUUGUACUGUAGCGUUGUUAGGUUAAAUAGGUUCUAAUUAAGUAUUUAUGUUAACUUUUAUUAGUGCAAUAUUUGGUUUACAUUUUAUUUGAAGAUUUUUUGCAGAAAAAUGACUUUUUUUGUGAAAGGCAAGUUCAGGUUGUUGUCCUUAUAUUUUUUCUUGCACAUUGUUUUAAGUUAUGAUAAAAGUAUUAAAAUUUAUUCAUGGCCAAGUGGGCAUUUUUAUAGACAGGAGUUAAGGGGUUAUUUGAUCAGUUUUUUCAAAAGUUGUUAAUGUUUGUUGAACAAUAAAGCACUUUCUAAUAAGGUUGUACUGUAGCGUUGUUGUACAAUUAUUUCUGUGAGCAUUCCUUACUGUAAUCAGUUUCACAGUCAUCAAAAUCAGUGAUUGUCACAUCUUUUUCAAGGUCUUUUUAAUCCGGAACACUUUGUGUAGCUGUUUGAAGUCUAGCUGUUUUGGCUCUGCUGUGCAUCCUGCUUGAGGGGAGGGCUGUAAACAUUCUAUGGGCAAGGUGAGUGAGGUUCUUCAGAAUACUGGUGCGAGGUAGUCAUUGAAAUUAUUUGCUGAUUUAUCUGCUGAAGAACAUUUUCUACACCAUGCAGUGAAGCAAGAUGUUAAGUUAAUGACCAUUGGGCAUUUGGAAAAAAAAUUAUGGUUGAGGUUUUCAGUAUCAGCAGCCUUCAAUUACCCGACGCCCAGGUUGAUCAAUUAUGACAGCAGUGUCGCUCAAGCUACUGUUCUGACAUUGCAAGCACGCUGUUAAGAGAAUCAUCCAGAUAAACUUUCUCUUUAGGAUUUCAGAUUGCACCAGUGGUACUAAUGGUGUGUUCACUCUUUAGUGAUAAAUUUGAUUUGCCAUAUAAAACUAGGGUCGACAGUAGUAUAGGACCAGCAGGAUCAUCAAAUGUUUUAUUCCGAUUGUGUGAGUGCAUAGUUCAUGUCUGGGUAAUGUCCUGUCAAACCAGUGUGGUCCUCACAAACAAGGGUUUUGUUUGGGUUGUGUGUAUGUAUACUGUAUAUGUGUGGGUAAUGUCCUGUCAAACCAGUAUUGUCCUCACAAACGAGGCUUUUGUCUGGAUUUUGUGUAUGUAUGUGUGGAUAAUGUCCUCUCAAGCCAGUGUGGUCCUCACAAACAAGGGUUUUGUUUGGGUUGUGUGUAUGUAUACUGUAUAUGUGUGGGUAAUGUCCUGUCAAAUCAGUAUGGUCCUCAUAAACAAGGGUUUUGUCUGGAUUGUGUGUCCCUACCCUUGAAGUUUACAGUCACCGAGACAAUUUCGUGUUUUCCAUGAAAACUGUUUAAUCAAACGACUUACAAAAUAAAUAGGAAAUAUAUUCAAAACUAUUGACAGGGUUAAAAAUAAUUUUUAUUUGAAAAUUCUCCUUGAAACUGCUUUCGAUAAAGAAUGCUUCACUUGCAACAAUUACAGGAUUGACCUUUGGCAUUCUAGCUGUUCAUUUGUCGGUCAUGUAAAAAAAAAAAAAAAAAAUCACUCAUCCUUCAAGAAGACGUUCCCAUUAAAUGGAUGAGCUUGAUGGGCACGUCAUGUGUACCAUGCAGCCAAGCUUCAACAGCAGCUCAAUCGAUUGAGAUCAGGUGACUGUGCGAGUCACUAUUACAGAUCGAAUACCAGCAUUCUGCUUCUUCCCAAAAUAGUUUUUAAAAUGUGAGGGUGUUCUUUGGGUCAUUUUUUCUGUUGUGGCAUGAAAUGGGCUUUUAUACCCUGUACAAAUAUCCCACUUCACCAUUACAUUACUCCCACCAUGCUUGACAGAGGGCUUCAAGCACUCUAUGGGAUUCUCUUUAAGGUAAAAGGGUUUUUGAAAAAGGAAGGCUAUCGCUCCAUUUUGCAUUGUCAUGCCAUUCCCUGCAGACAAUGCAUGAACGAAGCCCAUUUCAUCCUACAGUAGGACGAUGACGCAAAGUACACCUCCAAACUAUGCAUGAACUAUCUAGGGAACAGGUGCUAGUAUUCUAUCUUCAGUGGAGUGGCCAGCACAAUUACCAGAGCUCAAACCCAAUGAAUUAAUGUGGGAGUAGCUUCACCAAAUGGUACGCGAAAAAGUGCCAAUCAAGCCAAUCCAAUUUAUGGAAGGGACUUCUGGAAGCGUGGGGUCAAAUUUCUCAAGAUUAAAUUGACAUAUUUACAGCUAGAAUGACAAAGGUCUACAAUGUUCCAGUUAAUGCAAAAGGAGCCUUAAAGUGAAGUUUGAGGGGGGGAAAAACAUAUAAUAUGUGUGUGUAUGGAGAAUGUCUUGUUAAAUCAAUGUGGUCCUUACAAACAAGGGUUUUGUCCUGAAUGUGUGUCAUAUGACCCUUAAAACCAGGUGUGCCCCCCUAAGCCACCAUUGUACUAGGAAACGCCCCCUCCCGCCCCGUCCUCGUAAUGCUGGAAAAUGUCAGGUGGCCAUAUCUACAGAUUCUUUCACAAUAUUUGAAUUCUAAAUAGACAGGAAUUUUUCUCAAUUUUUUUGGACCAGUUUUAUCUUUGUUGGACCUCUCUAGGACAAAGGGAAAGGUAGGUCCCCAUAAACCACCACUGGACCGGUUUGAGAAAAAUGCCCUGAUAAACCACCCAAACCUGUAUGUGUGUGUGUGUGUGUGUGUGUGUGUGUG